GCAUUUUUUUAAACUUUGUUUUAAUAUUUAUCAUAUCGUCGUCCACACACUAUUGUUAAUCAUGCAUUUAAUCAUAUACAUUAUCCGAAAAGGGUUACUGACAGUGUAAUGGUUCACUCUCCUGACUUCCAUGCAAGCAGUGUGGGUUCAGUUCCCACUCCGUUCUGUAUACAUGUGCCCGGUGAUUGACUGGUGACCUGUCCAAGGUGUAGUCUGCCUUUUGCAGUCAUUCCCCGUGACCCUGAACACGAUGUUGAUGUGGUAUAGAAAAUGGAUGGAUGGGCAUAAUGCAUUGUGCUUUAUGAUGGAGAGAAGUAUUACUAUGUAUAUUUUUGGGGAACUGUCGCAGGCAAGUGUCCCGUAUUUAGGUCAUACUUUAAAAUGUAAUGGUAUAUACCUGGGAGUAUCUGACCCAGGCAUAUAACCUGUUUCAAACAACUCAGGAUAUCUAACCAUUAACAGUUCAAUGCAAAAUUACAAAAGUAAAUGACUGAUCUUACAAUUUCGUGUCCCUUGCUUAUAACAGGAACCCAAUUCAAGCCUUUAUUUUCAUGUCCAACAUAACUCUUUCCUCUAAUCUGAAAUGCCAGGGAUUAAACAGACAGCCAACUCCCCAUCCGUAAUUCUGCCUACCCACCUCCCCCUUCCAUCCUCUCUCAUGCACACACGGAGUUGUGCCAGGCUAGUCUUUUUGAGACUAUAAACAUGAUGUUCAAGGGAGAGAGACAGGAAAGUAGGUGGGAUGGAUUAGAUUAAGUUGGUCCAAAUUCAAGGGAUCACUCGCAGUAGGCUGGGGUGACAGAUAGACUGACAAAAAUGUGUUUGUGUGAGCAAGAGAGAGUGAGAGAGAGGGGGAGAGAGAGAGAGAAAGUGUUCAAGUCAUGCUAUCAGAGAUGCGGGUUGUUUCUGCUCGGAUAUGACCAGGCUCUCCAAUAGUGACCGAUCACUCUUCAGCACCUGUUCAUAAAAUUACACUUCAUGUCUUUAAAGCGCCUUAUACCAGCCUCUAAAAACCUAUUGGAGUUUAGGAUCGGAUGCAGAAUCCAUUAGGAUACAUUGGCUCCAUCUGGACCAGCGGAAACUUGGAUUGUAGCUUUUCCACACAAGAGGAAAGUUUGCUCGUGGGUGUUCAGAGGCAAAGCCCAAUGAUAUGCACAGGAUGUAGCACGCUGUUGGAUUUUGGAGUUAAAAUUGACCAUUGAGGAUGAUCAGAAGUGGGACACAGGAGGAGUGAGUGAUUGGACAAACAAGCGGAAAAGAGUGAGUGGUGAUGGGAAAUAUCAACAAGGCAUCGAGAAAAAAUAGUACAAAGAGUAAGGGGAUGUCACCUGUAGAGCGAAGUGAGUCCCCACUCACUACGGGCACGCUCGGGGGCCUGAGAGAUGCAGGUGAGAAGGACACAGAAGAAGAAGAGGAUAGAGGGAGCGAGCCGGAGUUCGAUGAGCCGCUCUGCGCUCUGGUUAAGAACUGCAACAUGUUGCACAACAUCGUGGGGCCCGCAUGUGUCUUCCUCAAACAAGGCUUCGCGCAGAGCCAGAUCGACCGAGACCUGCGGCCUGAAGAAAUGGAAGAGCUCCGUGAGGCAUUCAGAGAGUUUGACAAAGACAAGGAUGGCUUUAUCAGCUCUAAGGACCUUGGCGAGUGCAUGAGGACGAUGGGAUACAUGCCAACAGAAAUGGAGUUGAUAGAGCUCAGCCAGCAGAUCUGUGGGGGCAGAGUGGACUUUGAAGACUUUGUGGAGUUGAUGGGUCCCAAAAUGCUGGCUGAGACUGCAGACAUGAUUGGAGUCAAAGAGCUGAGGGAUGCUUUUAGAGAGUUUGACUCUGAUGGGGAUGGUCAGAUCAGCCUUGGGGAGCUGAGAGAAGCCAUGAAGAAGCUGAUGGGAGAGCAACUCAACCACCGCGAGAUCGAUGAGAUCCUGCGUGACGUCGACCUCAACGGUGACGGAGAGGUAGACUUUGAGGGUGAGGAUGUGGAUGUACCCUUAAUAUUCGAUACACCAGCAGAAAUAUACAGUAUAUUGUAUCUUCCCUUUGAGAUAUUAAUGUUCAAUUUUAGACAUUUUGAACAAUGAUGUACUGAUACAGUAGGGCUUUGGACAUAUUCUAAAUAUCAUAUGUGUCCUUUUGACAAAAAGAAUAAAUAGAGGGAUACCAGUAUUAGCGGGGACAUAAUUACAAUUCGCUGCAUGCCAUACAUAAAUAUCAAUGUAUAGUAGGUGGGAAAUAAAAGUUUAGUGUUAGGCUGUCAUGUUACUUGCCACGUUUUAUAAUUUUCUUUUAUUCCUUUUUUUUGUAUUUAGAAUUUUUCCUUGUAUUGUAAACAAAAGACAAACAAUUAUAAUGGCCAUUACAGCAUUGUUAAAACAACCUAUUUCAAUGACUUUUGCAUUGCACUUCAAGGUUGUAAUUGUGAUGGCAAUUUGCAGUGGUGUAGAACUGCAUUGCAUCCCACUGCGAACAAAAAUAUUGAAACAAAUCUCAACAUAGCAUAGAGAAGAAUAGAUUGUACAUAUCGUAAAAGUGAAUGUUCCAUUGGCAAUAUAAAUGAAAACUGUCCUAUUAUUUCUCGAAAAAGGUGCAUUUUAUAAUCUCGAGUAGUGGAUUGCAUGAGAAUGUGCAGGUGUACCCAACUACCUACCAUGCACAUUGUACAUGUCCUGUCCAUCAAUAUGUAAUAUUAAAAUUCAGAUUGAGGUCAAAUGAAAGUUGCAUUUAUCCUUGACAAGAAUGUUUUUUUUCCUCAGAGUUUGUGCGAAUGAUGUCUCGCUGAGCGAACCGUCUUUGCUGCAAUGAAUGGGGAUGACACACUGUUAAUGUUCUUGUCAUUGUAAUUCUUCUUGAUAUACAUUCAUGUUUGUGUCCAUCCUUCCAUUCUCUAAUAAGUGUAAAAGAACCCCUCGCAUGUGUUACUGUUCUGUGAAUAUGUAAUGUAACUGUUGUGACAUGUAAUGGGAUGACAUGAACUAGACGGGCAGUUGAACAAGGACAGGGCCGGCUACGCUCAAACUAUCUUGAAAACGGCGAUGUCACACAGUAUGCUGACUCAUACAGGUCAAAUCAGAAUCAGAAUCAGAAUCAGAAUCGUCUUUAUUUGCCAAGUAUGUCCAAAACACACAAGGAAUUUGUCUCCGGUAGUUGGAGCCGCUCUAGUACAACAAACAGUCAAUUUACAGAACACUUUGGGGACAUAAAGACAUUGACAAAAAACAAUUGUGCAAAAAGAUGCAGAGUCCUCUAGCACUUAGAGCAGUUCGAACGACUAAUAUUGCAAUAGUCCGGUGCAAUGACCAUUGUGCAAAGGGCGCUGAGACUUCAAGGAGUGUAUGCGGUUUAAAGUGACAAGUAGUGCGAUCAUCUGGGACAAUGUCGGUUGUGCAAAUGUUACAGAUAUUCAAAAUAGAAUGAAAGAGAAUAAAAUGAUUUGUUAAAACAAAAAAACAAAAAAAUACUUUAAUAAAACAAAUGUGCUGCUUGCUUUUUCACUUUGAAAAGCUUCAAUGCAGUUAGUUACAAAGUACAAUGCCACUUUUAAAUGUAUUUAUUAACUUUUUUUUACUUUAUUUAUUUUCCAAAAUUAACCAAAUUCGUUUGUAGUAUGUAUUGUCGUGUCUAAAAAUAAAUCUAAAUAAAGACUUUGGGUUAUAAUCGUGACUAUGCUAAUGUGCCUGUUGCACUCAGAAUCAAUUCACUGUGACUCGUAUAAACUUUCAGAUUUGAGGAGUGUCCUUUCGCUUUUGUUCAUUAGCGGCCACCAUAUUUAAGGGCUAAACAUGAGGGAUUAAUCCUGGGCGGCACGGGUGACAACUGGUUCCAGCGUCUGCCUCACAGUUCCGAGGACCGGGGUUCAAUCCCCGGCCCAGCCUGUGUGGAGUUUGCAUGUUCUCCCUGUGCCUGUGUGGGUUUUCUCCGGGCACUCCGGUUUCCUCCCACAUCCCAAAAACAUCCAUGGUAGGUUAACUGAAGUCUCGAAAUUGCCCGUAGGUGUGAAUGUGAUUGCGAAUGGUUGUUUGUUUAUGUGUGCCCUGUGAUUGGUUGGCAACCAGUUCAGGGUGUACCCCGCCUCCUGCCCGAAGAUAGCUGGGAUAGGCUCCAGCACGCCCGCGACCCUUGUGAGGAGAAGCGGCUCAGAAAAUGGAUGGAUGGAAUAAUCCUGUGGUUCUUGUGACUGGCACAAUUUGGAUUAUAAUAAGAAGUACAUUUGAUAAAAAGUGUUUCAAAUCAGUAAUGACCCCCAGUUAAAAUAAAAGUGCAUUGCACUUUGUCUGCUCAUUAUUGUUAAUUGUAUGUUAGAAAUUAAUAAUGAAAUGUUUUAUACUGAUUGGCUGGCGACCACUUCACUAGAGGUUCUGAGAUUAACUGUAUUUACAGUAUUAGAAACAAACUUGGUAUGAAGUAAAAACAAACAAAAAACAGUGUUAUGAAAUAAAUCAUUUACUUUGCACAAUGACUAUUGCUCUUCCUCAAAUUGUAAUUGAAAAUAAAAACAUCCAUCCAUCAAUUUGCUACCAAAAUUUUUUUAAAUUCAACACACCACAGAGAAGAGUAAUGUUAAAAAGCCUGCCAAAUUUGAAUGAAUAACAAAAAUCGUGACGUAUAUCAAAUCAGGCUUCAAAACUUGAAUAAUUAGGGCCACCUCUCAGCUCCCAGGACGCUGUGGGUGUGUCGAAUGGAUGCGCCAAAAGGAAUCAAACAUACUGAGGGGGUCAUAGCUUAUACGAUGUAAAAACACGUUAGGAGGCUCAACUUCAAAAUUGAAUGUUUAUUGUGGACUAUAAUCAUAAAAAUAAGCACACGAGUCAACUUAACCUUGUUGUUGGUGACAUAAUGUCACAGCCGACCACGGCACCUGAUGACAGUGGGACGGUAGGAGGGAAAAAAAUAAAAAAUAAAAAAAUGUAAAAUUGAGGCAUCCAGCGAAAACGAAUUUUCAGGGUGGACCCAUUGUUAACUUGCUAACUGCACGCUGGAGUGGUAAAUGGGCAUUGUUAUGGAAGCUAAGCACAGCUAACUCACAACUGAGUGGCAUAGCCAAACGGAACGAUGUCACUUUGUACUUCUGUAGUGGGGGAGGGAACUCGCGCUAGAAAGUAUCCGGCCCGGCCCCGAGACGUCACUGGCCUGUGUUUUAGCCCCGCCCAUAAAAUCAGGACAAUUCAAACGGUGACAAAGAUGCUUAAGCUUUAUCUCAACAAUUCAGCAUGAUAUUGUUGUGUCUUUGGAUAUGUUUUCAGCACUUAUCUUCAAACAUAUUUAAUGUAUUUUGAAACAAAACACCGAUAUCUGCUUAGUGCCACUUUAAAGACCAUUAUGACUACUUGCACAAUCCAAAAUCCUGCUUUUACACGUAAUUUAGAAACUGCUAGAUGGUAUUGUCUCAAGUAUUUAUAUUUGAACAGAUUCAAGAAACAAAUGCUCUAUUUUUACAGUGUUCAAUAAAAUAUGCAUUCUAAAUAAAUGUGAAUACAUAUAAGCGCUUUUGUCCAACUGAUUCAUGUGGGAUGCUUUGAUGAGGUUUCACCACUUUGUUGCUUCUUUUUGAGUCUCCUACAUGCAUAGUACACAUGCACAAAGUGACCUUUGUCUAUACCUGAAUGUAAUGAAGGCAAGUAGCACAUCUAAGUUUGCUUAGAAAGCCACGGUGAUGGCCCUGAGAACCUCACGUGGUUCAUUUUCUUGUCACUAUUGUCAACCCUCGUGGUUGCCCCUCUUAUGGAACUUAUAUUGGCAACCUUGAAAAUGCCUAACAGAGAUUCCUUAACUUAAAUGUUGAUAAGUGUACCGCCCAUGUAAAUCUGUCAGAACUGAUUUACCUCUUCAGGAAUGAAUUUCUUCUUAAAGCACUUGAAGAUCCUGACAUUUCAACAGACAUUUGCUCAACAAAAGAGGAAGGGAAUGUAGGAAGAGGACAGUACACAAAAUUGUCACGUACGUGGUUAGGGCGAGGGCGAGGGCGAGUAACGCAAGGCAAGAACAUGGUGGACCCAAUUGCAGGGAAGCAGGGAGGCAAGGCAGGAGUGCGGGAGUCUCAAAAUAAUAAUAUUUAAUCUUCAAAAAGGGAAAACUGAACAAAGUCCCACAACAGAUACCAAUCAAAUCAAAGUAACACUCGAAUAUCUAAAACUGGAAACAAACUAUGACCUGUGAGUAAGACGUGGAAUAGAAAGGGAAAAUGACACCUGACAAUGACAUACCACAAUGAUAAAGACAACUGGCGACUAUGACAUGGCAAAGACAUGUGACAACGACAAUGAACCGACAAGAAGUGAAAGAAACCAGGGAACUAAAUACAAACAG